CUUAGCACAAGCUUGAAGCUACUUAGCUAGCACUCGUUCACGACAUCGACAAUGUCGGGCUCAGGUGCACGCGAAAAUGUCUUCCCGACACGGAUGGCACUCACCAAUAUCAAGCUACGAUUAAAGGGUGCACAAACGGGCCAUUCGUUACUUGCAAAGAAGCGGGACGCGCUCUCUACGCGAUUUCGGGCCAUACUCAAGAAAGUCGACGAGGCGAAAAGGAAGAUGGGGAAAGUGAUGCAGUUGGCUUCGUUCUCCCUUGCAGAAGUAUCGUAUGCAACGGGUGAUAUUGCGUAUCUCGUACAGGAGCAAGCCAAGUCUGCAACAUUCCGAGUUAGAGCGAAGCAGGAGAACGUAUCUGGUGUACUACUUCCUACGUUCGAAGUAGAUCGCGUUCAAGGCACAGACUUCAACCUAACCGGUCUAGGCCGAGGCGGCCAACAAGUCCUCAAAGCCAAAGAAACAUACGCAAAAGCAGUCGAAACACUCGUCGAACUCGCCUCUCUCCAAACAGCAUUCACAAUCCUCGACGAAGUCAUCCGUCAAACAAAUCGUCGAGUCAACGCAAUCGAACACGUCGUCAUACCCAAACUCGAUAACACUAUCAAGUAUAUCUUGAGUGAGUUAGAUGAGAUGGAUAGAGAGGAGUUCUUUAGGUUGAAGAAGGUACAGGGGAAGAAGAAGAGGGAUGCGGCGGUUGCGGAUAAGAAGAGGGAGGAGAUGCAGAAAAUGGGUGAGGAGGUUAGGCCGGUUGAGAGUGGGGAUACGGGUGGAGCGGACUUGCUGGCGAGCAAGGAUGAGGAUAUUAUUUUCUGAUGAUUGUGUAUGAGUUUACGCUAAU